GGGCGGGGCGCGUGGCUGAGUGACGCAGGCGCAGUGCGACUUCGGAGGCGCGGGCUGACCCCUUCGCGGGUUUGGAUCCGGGUCAGUCAGGCGCUGCGAUCCGGGAGAGACGACCUGAACUGACGGGACUGGAUUCCCGGAGCGCCCCAGCUGCGAGGAGUAUUAACGGCAACAUCCAUAGUAGUGUAAAAACUUUCACAAUGAAAUCUGAAGCCAAGGAUGGAGAAGAGGAGAGUCUACAAACUGCUUUCAAGAAAUUAAGAGUGGAUGCAUCAGGGUCCAUAGCAUCUCUGUCUGUUGGAGAAGGCACAAAUGUCAGAGCAUCAGUCAGAACAUCAGCAGAUGAUACCAAACCGAAAACCUCAUGUGCACCUAAAGACAGUUGGCAUGGGUCUACAAGGAAGUCUUCACGAGGAGCAGUAAGAACCCAGCGUCGUCGACGUUCUAAGUCUCCUGUCCUUCAUCCUCCAAAGUUUAUACAUUGCAGUACAAUAGCUUCUUCUUCCAGCAGCCAGCUCAAGCACAAAAGCCAGACUGACUCCCCUGAUAGCAGCAGUGGGCUGGGAAUUUCCACCCCUAAAGAGUUCACUGCAGGAGAAUGCUCUACUUCUCUCGAUACUAAUCCCACAGGGGCAGUCGUUGAGCCUUUGAGAACUUCGGUUCCCAGGCUCCCAUCAGAGAGUAAGAAGGAAGACUCCUCUGAUGCUACCCAAGUCUCCCAAGCAAGUCUCAAGGCCAAUGAUCUCUCUGACUUUCGAUCCGUUUCCAAGCUAAACCAGGGCAAGCCAUGUGCAUGCAUAGGCAAGGAGUGCCAGUGUAAGAGAUGGCAUGAUAUGGAAGUGUAUUCCUUUUCAGGCCUGCAGAGUGUCCCUCCCUUGGCCCCAGAACGAAGAUCCAUGCUUGAGGACUAUUCUCAGUCGCUCCACACCAGAACUCUGUCUGGCUCCCCCCGCUCCUGUUCUGAGCAAGCUCGAGUCUAUGUGGAUGAUGUGACCAUUGAGGACCUGUCAGGCUACAUGGAAUAUUACUUGUAUAUUCCCAAGAAAAUGUCCCACAUGGCAGAAAUGAUGUACACCUGAUAGCAAGAAGCUAAGUAAUAUGCUUUAAACCAAUGAAGGGUUGUCAGAGAGAUUUAGUUAAUGGCAGACCUUGCGGCCACGUUAUGUGAGAAGACAUCUCCUUCUGCUCACUGUGCUUGCAAUAAAAACUUUUCUUGGCA